CAACAGCCCUACAGUGCGUUUUUCGAGUCGAACAGUUGAAGUUUGUAGUUUGUAAAUGUUCAUAAUAUAAAUAUAAUAUAUUAUAGCCCAGUGCGAGUGGCAAUCACGCAAGAAGUGCAGUAGAACGCAAAAGGAGGACGCACAGACAACGUGAAAAUCGUGGUGCGUCGUCUGUUACAUCCCCUACAUUUGUGCAUCGUUGUUGGGCGGCAGCAGCGACUUAGCACCGCAAAAACUGUGCAACUUUUAGGCCAGAAGAGGCAACCAAGACAAAACAACAGCAGAAUCAUGGAGAACGGCAUGUCCAUCGAGCAGAUGUACCAGAAGAAGUCGCAGCUGGAGCACAUUCUGCUGCGACCGGACUCCUACAUCGGAUCCGUAGAGUUCACCAAGGAGCUGAUGUGGGUCUUCGACUCUGAACUGAAGCGAAUGGUCCAAAAGGAGAUCUCAUUUGUGCCUGGCCUGUACAAGAUCUUCGACGAGAUUCUGGUAAAUGCGGCCGACAACAAGCAGCGCGACAAGUCAAUGAAUACCAUCAAGAUUGACAUUGAUCCGGAGCGCAAUGUUGUGUCCAUUUGGAACAACGGUCAGGGCAUUCCGGUGACCAUGCACAAGGAGCAGAAGAUGUACGUUCCUACAAUGAUCUUUGGCCACUUGCUGACUUCCUCAAACUACAACGACGAUGAAAAGAAGGUGACUGGCGGCAGAAACGGCUAUGGUGCAAAGCUGUGCAACAUAUUUUCCACUAGCUUCACCGUGGAAACUGCCACGAAGCAAUACAAGAAAAGCUUCAAACAAACCUGGGCCGAUAACAUGGGCAAGGCCUCCGAAGUUAAGAUCAAGGAGUUUAGUGGCACUGACUUCACCCGCAUCACGUUCAGCCCCGAUCUGGCCAAAUUCAAGAUGGAACGCCUCGACGAUGAUAUUGUGGCUCUUAUGUCGCGUCGUGCCUACGAUGUGGCCGCUUCCUCGAAGGGUGUUUCCGUCUUCCUUAACGGCAACAAGCUUACGGUGAAGAACUUUAAGGACUACAUUGAUCUGCACGUAAAGAACGCAGAUGAUGACGGGCCAGUCAUUAAGGUCGUCCACGAGGUGGCUAACGAGCGGUGGGAAGUGGCCUGUUGUCCCUCGGACCGCGGCUUCCAGCAGGUCUCGUUCGUAAACUCCAUAUGCACGUACAAGGGCGGUCGGCAUGUUGACCAUGUAGUUGACAAUGUCAUCAAGCAGCUCAUUGAGGUUCUGAAAAAGAAGAACAAGGGUGGCAUCAACAUAAAACCCUUCCAGGUGCGCAACCAUCUGUGGGUCUUCGUCAAUUGCUUAAUUGAGAACCCAACGUUCGACUCUCAGACCAAGGAGAACAUGACCCUGCAGGCCAAGAGCUUUGGCUCCAAGUGCACUCUGUCCGAAAAGUUCAUUGCCAACAUGUCCAAAUCGGGCAUUGUUGAGUCGGUGCUGGCUUGGGCCAAGUUCAAGGCUCAGAACGACAUUGCCAAGACGGGCGGUCGGAAAUCGAGCAAGAUCAAGGGCAUUCCCAAGCUGGAGGAUGCCAACGAGGCGGGUGGCAAGAACUCGAUCAACUGCACACUCAUCCUGACCGAGGGAGACUCGGCCAAAUCGUUGGCUGUGUCCGGUCUGGGUGUCAUUGGCCGGAACUAUUACGGUGUGUUCCCGCUUCGGGGAAAGCUGCUAAACGUACGCGAGGCCAAUUUCAAGCAGCUAUCGGAAAACGCAGAAAUUAACAAUCUGUGCAAGAUCAUCGGCCUGCAAUACAAAAAGAAGUAUCUGACCGAGGACGAUCUGAAGACAUUACGAUACGGCAAAGUGAUGAUCAUGACUGAUCAGGAUCAGGAUGGUUCCCACAUUAAGGGCCUACUUAUCAAUUUUGUUCACACCAAUUGGCCGGAGCUGCUGCGCCUCCCGUUCCUCGAGGAGUUCAUAACGCCGAUUGUGAAGGCCACCAAGAAAAACGAAGAGCUGUCGUUUUACUCGCUGCCCGAGUUCGAGGAGUGGAAGAACGAUACGGCCAAUCAUCACACGUACAAUAUCAAGUACUAUAAGGGUCUGGGUACCUCCACGUCCAAGGAGGCGAAGGAGUAUUUCCAGGACAUGGAGCGCCAUCGCAUCCUCUUCAAGUACGACGGCUCCGUGGACGACGAGAGCAUUAUGAUGGCCUUCUCCAGGAAGCAUAUCGAAUCGAGAAAGGUGUGGCUCACCAACCACAUGGACGAGGUGAAGCGACGCAAGGAGCUGGGCCUGCCGGAACGCUAUCUUUACACCAAGGGCACCAAGCACAUCAGCUACGCGGAUUUUAUCAACCUGGAGCUGGUGCUGUUCUCCAAUGCCGACAACGAACGCUCCAUUCCCAGCCUGGUCGAUGGCCUGAAGCCGGGCCAGCGUAAGGUUAUGUUUACCUGCUUCAAGAGGAACGAUAAGCGAGAGGUUAAAGUGGCGCAACUUUCCGGUUCGGUGGCCGAGAUGUCGGCCUAUCAUCACGGCGAGGUCUCCCUCCAAAUGACCAUUGUGAAUCUGGCCCAGAACUUUGUGGGAUCCAACAACAUAAACCUUCUGGAGCCCCGGGGUCAGUUCGGUACCCGUUUGACCGGCGGCAAGGAUUCGGCCAGCGCUCGUUACAUUUUCACGCUGAUGUCGCCGCUAACGCGACUCAUCUUCCAUCCCCUGGACGAUCCGCUGCUGGCCUAUCAAACCGAUGAUGGCCAGCGGAUAGAGCCGCUCUGGUACUUGCCCAUCAUUCCUAUGGUGCUGGUCAAUGGUGCCGAGGGCAUUGGCACCGGUUGGUCCACCAAGAUAGCCAAUCACAAUCCCCGCGAGAUAAUGCGCAAUCUUAAGCGGAUGAUCAACGGGGAGGAGCCCCAGGCAAUGCAUCCUUGGUACAAAAACUUCAAGGGAUGCACGGAAUACAUUUCGGAUGGCCGAUAUGUGGUCAGUGGCAAUAUACAGAUCUUGCCGGGCGAGCGCAUUGAGAUCACCGAGCUACCUGUGGGCGUUUGGACGCAGACCUACAAGGAGAAUGUACUGGAGCCGCUGGCAAAUGGCACCGAGAAGGUCAAGGCCGUGAUCAACGAGUACAGGGAGUAUCACACGGACACCACCGUACGCUUUGUGGUCAGCUUCUCGCCCGGCGAGUUUGUGCGCAUCCGCAACGAGGAUGGCGGGUUCUUCCGCGUGUUCAAGCUCUCCACAACGAUAUCAACCAACCAGAUGCAUGCCUUCGAUAAGAAUAAUUGCCUGCGUCGCUUCCCCAAUGCCUUGGAUAUACUCAACGAGUUCUAUAAGCUGCGACUGGAGUACUAUGCCCGGCGCAAGGACUACUUGGUGGGACAGCUAACGGCCCAGGCCGAUCGGCUUAGCGAUCAGGCACGCUUCAUCCUUGAGAAGUGCGAGAAGAAGCUGGUGGUGGAGAAUAAACAGCGGAAGGCUAUGUGCGAUGAGCUGGUGAAGCGUGGCUAUCGUGCCGAUCCCGUCAAGGAGUGGCAGCGCCGCAUCAAGCAGGAGGAUGCCGAAGCCGAAAACGAGGAGGAGGACGACGAUGAAGCGGAUGCAGAGGCAGCUCCCAGUGCCAGCUCCAAGGUCAAGAAGGAGAAGGAGGUGGAUCCGGAUAAGGCAUUCAAGAAGCUAACUGACGUCAAGAAGUUCGACUAUCUCCUGGGCAUGUCCAUGUGGAUGCUGACUGAGGAGAAGAAGAACGAGCUGCUCAAACAGCGAGAUGCCAAGCUCGCCGAGCUGGAUAAUCUGAUAAAGAAGACACCGGAAUUGCUCUGGCUGGACGAUUUAGAUGCCCUCGAGCAGAAGAUGAACGAGGUCGAGGAGAAGGAGCGACUGGAGGAGCUGGGCAUAAAUACAAAGACGUCCAAGGCACUCAAGGGCCAGAAGGGCGCCACAACCGCCAAGGGCAGAAAGGUAAAGGGAAUGGCGGGACAGGGCGGUGGCGACAUUUUCCCCGAUCCCGAGGGCGAGCAGGUUGAGUUUAAGGUCACCGAUGAAAUGCUAAAGAAAAUGGCUCUGGCGGCCAAGGUGGCCAAGGCUGCCAAGGAACCCAAGGAGCCCAAGGUGAAGAAAGAGCCGAAGGGCAAAGCCGUUAAGUCCGAGGCCGAUGAGUUGGACGACUUUGAUGCUAUGGUCGAGAGCGGCGCGAAGGCCUCGCCCAAGGCCAAGAAGGCUGCUGCUGUCAAAAAGGAGCCGGGAGUGAAGAAGCCGCGACAAAAGAAGGAGAACGGCGACGGGCUGAAGCAGGGUAAACUGGAUUUCAGCAAGGCUAAGUCAAAGAAUACAUCGAUUUCCGAUGAUGAUGAUGUGGUGGAGGUUUCCAGCAAAUCGGUAGAACGCCCUGGACGUCGGGCAGCCAGCAAGAAAAUCGACUACAGCUCCCUCUUCUCCGAAGAUGAAGAGGGAGCCGGUAAUGGUGAUGAUGCCAGCCCGGCUGAAGACGACGAUGAAGACUCACCGGUCAAGCGUCCAGUUAAGCGGACACGCGACGAGGAGAGCAGUGGAGGAGGCAAAAAGAAGGCGCCGCCAAAGAAGCGCCGCGCCGUGAUCGAAAGUGACGAUGACGAGGACGCGGCUAUUGAUCUUGAUGAUGAUGAUGAUUCCGAUUUCGAGUGUUGAGCCACUCGAACUAUUGUUCUUUUUUGCCUAAAGUAUUUUUGAAAAUUCACAAUCAUAUUCGGCGGAGGCUCUAAAGUUUAGAGUCUAAACUCUGCAACGAAUCUUUAUGAUUUCCCAUUAUGCCCCUUAAUGUUCAGCAGUCAAUGUUUCUUUUAUUUUACUUCCAAUGUAUACUUUUCCCGUUUUAAUUUUACUUUAAUUUAUUCCUAAAGGAAUCAACAACUUCGCUACAUUCUCUCCCUGUGGCUGAUCUCUGUAUCCCAGGCCAGAACAGUGAGUUAAUCCACCAACUGGAAUAAAUACAUACAUAAGCAUAAUAUCGAUGUAUUUCCUUACCAUGUUUUAUAAACAUAGUUCUUAGUCCUCUCAUAAAUGUUUUUUAUGUAAAUAAAUCCAUUUUAACCGAA